AUGUCUUUUCUCAGAGGAUCUGCGUCCAUUAAUCGCACCCUUAUCACGGUCGUCCUGCUCUUGACACUCACACUGCUCUUAGACCUAAGGCGGUUGCCGGACAGCUCAGCAGCUCAGGAGUAUGUCUUCUCCCUUCUGACCCCCUGCGAUGGGGUCGGACUCUGCAACCUCUGUGGGGACGUGCUGGAGAUGGUAGACCUCUUGCAGCGUGCGCUCGCGAACCCGUUUCAAGAUAAGUUGACGUUCUCGCCGGAGGACUGGGAUGCGCAUGGGCUUCAGCCAUAUCAGAGAUGUCUGCGGGAGCCGUUCCUGCGCGGCUGCGACACACUUGUUCACAAAAUCAGGAUGCAGCGAAUCGAUUUCGCGAAGGGAAUACUGGAGCAGGUGGUCGAGGAUGUGCAGUUUCGGCAGAAGUGGGGUUCUUUAGGCGAGGACUACGUUACCGAAAACGCCGUGCAGCUCACCGCGUACAUCUUCGACUCACAGGAGCGCUCGCUCGGCGGGAGGCGCGAUCCGCGCAAGGAGGACGGCGCCGCGCAGAAUAUUGUUUACCAGCCAUCCACACUUAGCCUCGGCGGCGACCCUGCGCUCGAAAGCCUGGUUACGUGCGUGUGGUUUCUGCGGCGCGAUGUUCUGCUUCUCCAUCAGGACUUCUGCUACCCCGUCUGUGAGGGUAGGCUGACCGUCUUUGGGCGGGUGCAAGUAGCGCUUCUGCGCUUCUACGUGCGACACGCUAUCAAACCUCGUCUUCUUUUUCUGCGGCAGCAGCAUCGCGGGACACUAGUGGUGGUGGAGCUGAUGAUGAUCGGCUUUGCCUUCUGCGUGGAGAGGCUGAUGCGUCCUGGUCUGACGUGCAGCGGCACCGUGGCGCGCCGUAUCAGGCGCGUGCAAGGAGGUACAGCAUCCUCGACGUCCACUGGCAGCGGCUUAGUGAGUGGGGUCCAUGGAGAAGAUAGCGUUGCUGCGGCGAGCAGUGGCGGCGGUAGCGCUGGUGGCGGUGGCGGUGGCGGUGGCGGUGGUAAACUUCACUGCCGACCAGGUCGACGACGGCGCUGGGUUGUGGUGAUGUAA